AUGUCCUUCGCCGUUCGAUUUCUGCUUCCCCGUUCGAGGCGAGGGGCGUGGGCUGUUCCGUUAGUGCCACUUUCAUUAACACAAACCGUCGUACUCUGCUUUCUUCCCGCAACAGUGAUUGACGCUGGGUACCACGAGAAGCGCUUGCUGCACCAUCUGCUGGACAACUACAACGUGCUGGAGCGGCCCGUCGUCAACGAGUCCGACCCGCUGCAGCUCAGCUUCGGCCUGACACUGAUGCAGAUCAUCGACGUGGACGAGAAGAACCAGCUUCUCAUCACGAACAUUUGGCUGAAAUUGUUCGUAGUAUGUGAUUCUGGAGCCACCAAACUCAGUAUUGUUCCAAACAGCGCCGACGAGGGCUUCGACGGGACGUACCCGACCAACGUGGUGGUGCGCAACAACGGCUCCUGCCUGUACGUGCCGCCGGGCAUCUUCAAGUCCACGUGCAAAAUCGACAUCACCUGGUUCCCGUUCGAUGACCAGCGCUGCGAGAUGAAGUUCGGCUCCUGGACGUACGACGGCUUUCAGCUCGAUCUGCAGCUCCAGGACGAGUCCGGUGGUGACAUUAGCAGUUUCAUCACCAACGGCGAAUGGGAGCUGCUGGGUGUGCCCGGCAAGCGGAACGAGAUCUACUACAACUGCUGCCCGGAGCCGUACAUCGACAUCACCUUCGCCAUCCUGAUCCGCCGCAAGACGCUGUACUACUUCUUCAAUCUCAUCGUCCCCUGCGUGCUGAUUGCGUCGAUGGCCCUGCUCGGUUUCACACUGCCCCCGGACUCUGGCGAGAAGCUGUCGCUCGGAGUUACGAUCCUGCUGUCACUAACCGUUUUUCUCAACAUGGUUGCCGAAACGAUGCCAGCCACUUCCGACGCAGUGCCUCUUCUAGGAACGUACUUUAAUUGCAUCAUGUUUAUGGUCGCCUCGUCGGUGGUGUCGACGAUCCUGAUCCUGAACUACCACCACCGCAACUCGGACACACACGAGAUGUCCGAGUGGAUCCGCGUCGUGUUCCUGGUGUGGCUCCCGUUCAUCCUGCGCAUGAGCCGGCCGGGCGAACCGUAUCCGCAUCCUUGCCGCCCGUCGGUGGACGAGAAGAACAAGCAGCUGCAGGAGGUGGAGAUGCGCGAACGCUCGUCCAAGUCGCUGCUGGCCAACGUGCUCGACAUCGACGACGACUUCCGGUGCAACCACCGGUGCAGCACGCUGCCCCACAACCCCACCUACUACCGGACGGUGUACCGGCAGGGCGAGGACGGUAGCGUGGGGCCGAUCGGGGCGACGGACACGAUCGGGCGGAGCGCCGGCCUCGGGACGAUCAGCGCCGGUGCCGGCGUCGGAGGCGGAGGCGGCGGCGGUGGCGGCCGGCUCCACGAGACCGUGUCCUCGCACACCUGCCUCAGCUCGUCGGCCGAGUACGAGCUGGCCCUGAUCCUGAAGGAGCUGCGCUACAUCACCGACCAGCUCCGCAAGGAGGACGAGACCGGCGAGAUUACGCGGGAGUGGAAGUUCGCCGCCAUGGUCGUCGAUCGCCUGUGCCUUAUCAUCUUCACCCUCUUCACGAUUAUCGCCACGCUCGCCGUGCUCUUCUCGGCCCCGCACUUCAUCGUCUCAUAA